AUGGACCGGACGAAGACGAAGGAUCCCAGUGGGCGUCUUGCCCUGGGACAGGGGAGGGGCAGAGGCGAAGGGAGACCGUUGUCCUCUGCCCGCCUGACGCCCCUCUGCGCCCGCCACCAGCCCCGGCCCAGUGGACAUCCCGAAGGUUCCCUCAGCAAGGCAGAGACGGCCGGCAGGGUCCAGUGGCGGCUGGCCUGGUACCUGGACGUGAUGGGGAAGGAGGAACUGAAGGAGUUCCAGCUUCGGCUGUCUGAGAAGCCGCUCUGCGGGCCCUCUCCCGGCCCCACUGUGGCUCAGCUGCAGCAGGCGGGUGGCCUGGAGGUGGCCUCACACCUGGUGGCUCAGUAUGGGGAGCAGCGGGCCUGGGACCUGGCCCUCCACACCUGGGAGCAGAUGGGCCUGAGCGGGCUCUGCGCCCAGGCCCGGGCAGAGGCGGCCUUGAUGUCAGCCGAGUCCCCCCGGUUCCCCUGCUCCCCGAGUGCACCUAGCGAGCAGUCCCCCAGCGGGCCCACCUCCACCGAGGUGCUGAAGUUCGUCCAGGACCCAGAGACGGGGAGUCGGAGACAGCCGCCGGGCACAUCUGGACACAUGUGGAACCCUAAGCCUGGCCCUGCCGGCCCCGGCAUCCCCCCCGAUUUCCACCCAGGAGACCCUUCCUCGCCCUUUUAUCAAGCCCUUCCAAGCUCCCCAGACCAAGAGUCGCCACUCCAGGAGUCACCCAGUGCUCCCACAUCCACGUUGGUGCUAGAGAAUUGGAAGUCCCUGCUGCACCCCAGCCCUGAGCCCAGAAAGCAGGAGGCUUCCAGGGCUUGGUGGUCUCUGGCCGAAACAUCUGCAAACCAAAGCACAGAAAUCGGAGAAAGUUGCCAGCACCAGAAGAGAAAGAGGCCCUGGCCCGCACAGUCAUGGGAAAACGAGGAUUUGCACCAAGAAUUCAUACAGCUGCUGCUCCUCCAUCAACCUCACCCCAGACGCCAUGAGUCCCUCAUCGAGUGGAGCUAUCCCCACGGGGUAGUGGAGAAGCAGGGGCAUUUGAUUGAGGUCAAAGACUUAUUUGGCCCAGGCCUGGGCGCCCAGGAAGAGCCUCGAACGGUCAUCCUGCAUGGGGUUGCUGGAAUCGGGAAGUCGACGAUGGCCAGGCAGGUGAGGAGGGCCUGGAAGGAAGGGCGGCUGUACAGGGAUCGUUUCCGGUACGUCGUCUACGUCAGCUGCAGAGAGCUGGCCCAGUCCGAGACGACGAGUCUCGCGGAGCUCAUCACAAAGGGCUGGGCUGCCCCCGUGCCUCCCAUCAAACAGAUCCUGUCUCAGCCCGGACAGCUGCUCUUCAUCCUCGACGACUUGGAUGAGCCGAAGUGGGUCUUGGGGAAGCAGAGACCCGAGGGCUGCGUGCAGUGGAACGAGCAGCAGCCGGUAGAUACCCUGCUGGGCAGGUUGCUGGAGAAAAGCCUGCUUCCUGAGGCUUCUCUGCUGAUCACAGCACGGACCUUGGCUCUGCAGGAGCUCAUUCCCUCUGUGGGGCAGCCACAGUGGGUCGAGGUCCUGGGGUUCUCCGAGUCCGGCCGGAAGGAAUAUUUCUACAAAUAUUUCAAGAGUGAAAGUCAAGCGGUCACAGCCUUUAGCUUGGUUGAGUUAAACCAAGCCCUGCUGACGAUGUGUCUCGUGCCCUUGGUGUGCUGGCUGGUCUGCACUUGGCUGAGGAAGCGGAUGGAGCGGGAAGAAAGGCUCUCGCAGGUGCCCCAGACCGCCACAACCCUCUGUCUGCACUACGUUUCCGAGGCUCUGCCGGCCCAGCCCCUUGGGUCUCAGCUGAGGGGCCUCUGCUCCCUGGCUGCCGAGGGCACCUGGCAGGGAAAGAGCCUGCUCAGUUGGCAGGAUUUCGGGAAGCAUGAGUUGGAGGAGGCCACCGUCUCCGCUCUCUUAGAGACGGGCAUUCUUCGAAAGCAUCCCUCCCCCCUGACCUGCUGCUUUGCUCACCGGUACCUGCAAGAGUUCUUCGCGGCAGUGUCCUGCGUGCUGGGGGGCGAGUACGAGAAAAGCCAUCCCCCCGACGGCGUCGGAGGGCCGGACAACCUGCUAAAGGCGUAUGGGAGGUUUGACGUGUUUGGGGCUCCAGCCACGCAUUUCGUGUUCGGCCUCCUGAGUAAGCAGGGGCAGCGAGAGAUGGAGGCCGUCUUCCAGGUCAAGGUGCCUGUGGAGCGGAAGCACGCGCUGCUGCGGUGGGCCGCGUUCGAGGUCUGGAAACCGCGCCACUUUCCGCCUCUGUGCUCUCUGUCGACGUUCCGCUGUUUGUACGAGAUUCAGGACGAGGGUUUCCUGACCCCCAUGUUGGCCUCUUCCGACUGGGCGAGCGUGUGCGUCCACACCAGCCUGGAGCUGCUGCUGUUCAUGUUCUGCAUUCGAUUCUGCACCGUGAAGAAGCUUUACCUGAAUGAGAGUGGACAGCACAGCCAGCCGUGGGGACUCGUCCGCGAGGCUCUGCUCAGGUGUGUCCCCAUGACAGAUGCCUGCUGGCGGGUCCUCUUUUUCACUCUCCGGACCACUGGAAACCUGAAGGACCUGGACCUGAGUGGAAACCACCUAAGCCAGUCCACGGUACAGAGCCUUUGUGAAGCCCUGAGGUUCCCUUCCUGCCACUUGGAGACCCUGCGGUUGGCCCGCUGCGGCCUCACGGCUGAGAGCUGCAGGGACCUUGCCUCGGCGCUGAGCGCCAGCCAGACCCUGACCCAGCUGGAGCUGAGCGUCAACUUACUCCUGGACGCGGGAGCCGAGCACCUUUGCGAGGGGCUGAGACAGCCAGGCUGCAGGAUACACCGGCUGCUACUGGUCGGCUGCGGCCUCACUUCCGGCUGCUGCCAGGCCCUGGCCUCCACGCUGAGCACCAGCCCCAGCCUGACCGAGCUCGAUCUGCGGCAGAAUGAGCUGGAGGACGUCGGCGUGCAGCUGCUCUGCGGAGGGCUCAAGAGCCCUACCUGCCAGCUCGUGCUCCUGUGGCUGGACCAGACCAAGCUGAGUGAGGAGGUGAUCCAGAUGCUGAGGGCCCUGGAGAAGGAGAAGCCUCCACUGGUCAUCCACAGCAGAUGGACACCAAGUGUGACGAUACCUAACAAGGUCCCAAGCGAGGAAGAGACGAGCGGCCUGUCCUCACCCGAGCAGCAGAGACAAGACUCAGAGAGAAGCUCCCUGCAAACAGCUCUGCUGGAAUUCUUUCUGCCUCUCCCUAUCCCUCCGGAGAACCUGGCUUCCCCUGUCUCUCCGGAGGACCUGGCUUCCUCUGUCCCUACAGAGGACCAGGCUUCCUCUGUCCCUACAGAGGACCUGGCUUCCCCUGUCCCUACGGAGGACCUGCCUUCCUCUGUCCCUACGGAGGACCUGCCUUCCCCUGUCCCUACGGAGGACCUGGCUUCCCCUGUCUCUCCGGAGGACCUGGCUUUCCCUGUCCCUACGGAGGACCUGGCUUCCCCUGUCCCUCCAGAGGACCUACACAGGGAGCUUCUGGGGACCAAGGAUGACUUCUGGGGUCCCCUGGGGCCUGUGGCCACGGAGCUGGUUGACGAAGACAGAAGCCUGUACCGCGUCCGCUUGCCCGUGGCUGGCUCCUACCACUGGCCCAACACGGGUCUCCGUUUCGUGGUGAGAGGGCCCGUGACCAUCGACGUGGAAUUCUGCGCCUGGGACGUCGGCCUGCGAGGGAUGGUCCCACAGCAGGACUGGGUGGUGGCGGGCCCUCUGUUUGACAUCAAGGCGGAGCCAGGGGCCGUGGCAGCUGUGUACCUCCCCCACUUUGUGGACCUCCGAGGGGGCCACGUGGACACCUCCCUGUUCCAAGUGGCACACUUGAAAGAGGAGGGGAUGCUCGUGGAGAACCCGACCAGGGUGGAGCUGUACCACGUGGUCCUGGAGGACCCCAGCUUCUCCCCCAUAGGCGUGCUCCUGAGAACCAUCAACGCCGCCCUGCGGUUCUUCCCCGUGAUCUCCGUGGUGCUGCUGUACCACCGUCUCCAACUGGACGAGAUCGCCUUCCACCUCUACCUGGUCCCCAGCGACUGCUGUAUUCAGAAGGCCAUCGAUGACAAAGAGAAGAAAUUCCAGUUUGUGCAGAUCCACAAGCCGCCCCCGCUGGCCCAGCUCUACGUGGGCUCCCGCUACAUUGUGUCUGGCUCGGGGACACUAGAAGCAAUCCCCAAGGAGCUGGAGCUGUGCUACCGCAGCCCCGGAGAACCCCAAAUUUUCUCUGAGUUCUACGUCAGCCACUUGGGCUCGGGGAUCAGGCUGCAAGUGAGAGACAAAAAAUACGGCACGGUGGUGUGGGAAGCCUUGGUGAAACCAGGGGAUCUCCGGCCUGCGCCCUCUCUGGUCCCUCCAGUCCCGGCAGCCUCACCCUCGCCCCCGGGCGCCCCGGCCUUGCUGCACUUCAUGGACCUGCAUCGGGAGCAGCUGGUGGCUCGAGUGACAUCGGUGGAGCCGGUGCUCGACAAGCUGCACGGGCAGGUGCUGAGCGAGGAGCAGUACGAGAGGGUGCGUGCCAAGCGCACGACGCCCGGCCAGAUGCGGGAGCUGUUCAGUUUCAGCAGGUCCUGGGACCGGGCCUGCAAGGAUCAGGUCUACCAGGCUCUGAGGGAGACCCACCCUUACCUCAUCAUGGAGCUCUGGGAGACGGGGCACAGUGGCGCAGAGCGGGGCGCCUCCCCGCCGGCCCCGUAGCGCCAGCGCCAGCACCGGCUGUGGGGCUGGCUCCGCGGACCGCUCGCUGGGCCUCGGCUUCUCCCUCUGCACACCAGUGCCCGUCUGAUGGGUUGCCCUCUCGCUCCAAAGUCGUGGGGCUCCCGUGAGGCCUCUGCUGCACGUUCCCACGCCCAGGGAUGCCAUGUGGGGUUCGGCUUUCCCGGGCCAGCUGUCCAGGUGCGACGGCAGCAUUUCAGGUGUUGUCCCUCUGGAGCUGGCAGGACUUCUGUGGAACUUCUAGAAGCCUAACCCAAGAGCCUGAUGUGGCGGCCACCACAGCCAGGCCUAGAGCCCUCCCCAGGUCAUCAGAUUCAAGGAGGAAGAGGAGGGACGUGGGGCUGACCACCUCUGGCUGGAGACAGAUGGUGGGAGUGGACACCUUGGGGGUUUUGAUGGCUUGGAAACGGGGGCAAAAAAGAGCUUUAUUUUCCA